CAAUGAGAAAAACCUGUACCAACACUAGCAAAACUGAAGCUUCAUUUAAUGCUCACAUCAAAAGUUUCAUUGUUGUAUACUCUAAAAAAAUCUUAUAUUUUAUCACAAACUUGUGCAUGACUGCUCACAAACAUAGAUUAGGUUCAAAUUUACAAUAGUAUAGUUAUGAGUCCCCAAAUUUGUGCAAUAUUUGUACAAAACCAAAAGCAAUCACGCUAAGAUUUGGAAAAAAUGACAAUUAUUGGAUGUGAGUGUGUACUUCCAAGACCAAAUGUACUCCAACACACUCCGCCGGAGAUUGUGAAAACCAUGUUUCAUGAAGCUGCACAAGGAAAGAAUUACAUGAAUGCUUUGGAUUUUGCAACAUUUUUGGAAAAGGUUCAGGGACAAAAAGGAUUGGAUGAACACCAAGUGGCCUCAUUGGUCACACAAACUGUUUUGAGCGCAAUUGCUGGGUUCCAUUUCUCCAUCUCUGUGCAAAGUGUGCAACUGGAUCUAUUAGGGUUUUCAAACUACUUGGUGAAUGCCAAAUUGAACCCUCCCAUUUCAGACACAGAUAUUCCCACACAUGACAUGACAAGGCCAUUGUCCCAUUAUUACAUUUAUGCAAGUCACAAUUCAUACCUAACUGGCAACCAAUUAACUUCCUCAUCAAGCAUUGUGCCAAUAAUAGAGGCUCUUCGGAAUGGAUGUCGAGUCAUUGAACUUGAUUGUUGGGAAAAACAAGGGCAACAAUGUUGGAGUGGCUCUACCAACAAUGACAUUGUGGUUCUCCAUGGCAAUACAUUGACAAGUGCCAUCCCCUUCAAAGACUGUGUAAUAGCAAUAAAAGAGAAUGCAUUUAUAGCAUCCCAGUAUCCAGUGAUCAUCACAAUUGAAAACCACAUGGGAGCUGAAAUGCAGAAGAAAGCUGCUCUAGUGCUGCGUGAGAUUUUGGGUGAGAGUCUGUUCUAUCCUUCCAGAGAGCAAAGGCCUCCUCUUCAAUUCGAAUCACCUGAAGUCUUAAAGGGUUUCAUCAUCGUAUCAGAUCAACCUCCCAGUGAUACAAUUGAAGACCAACUGGCAGUUGAUCCUAAUGCAGCUCAAGUCCUGGCCACGGACGAACUGGACGACGCGCACGCAUCGACGAGCGACCACACGCGGCACGCGCAACGGCUGAAGAAGCACAUCAAGCGAGCGCACAAGAAGGCGGUCCUGAGGGUGGCCAACACGGCGGCGAAGGUGCUGCGGAAGUCAUUACUGGUGGAGAAGAUCGAGGUGCCGGAGACGGUGGAGUUCCAGGAGCUGAUCUAUCUGUACUGCGCGAAGCCCUCGGAGAUGAAGAAGGCCAAGCACGAGGAGGGCCCUCUGGUGGGCGGGGACCGGGCGAUCAUGGCCAAUCUGAGCGAGCCUCAGCUGCAGCACUUCAUCGCCCGCCAUCCCGGCUCUCUCAUUGAAUAUUCAAAGAUGAAUUUGGGGAGAGUGUACCCAUUUGGGUUGCGGUUCAACUCAUCCAAUGCAGAUCCAAUGUUGGCAUGGAGCCAUGGCUUCCAAAUUGCUGCGCUCAAUCUCCAAGGGAGAGACCGCCCAGUUUGGUUGGCCAAAGGCUUCUUCCAAGUCAAUGGACACACGGGUUAUGUUAAAAAGCCCGACAUUUUUUUGCCUGGUUUUUCACUCUCUCAUGAAGAUAUUCUAAAUUUGCCCAUAAAGAUGAUUCUGAGGGUCACGGUAUUGUUAGGAACAAAUUGGCAUAGAAACUUUGACUUCUUCAAAAAUCCUGAUUUUUAUGUAAAGGUUGCUGUGCAUGGUGUGAAAAAUGAUGCAAGCAAGCGACAAACCCAAGUCAUCUACAACUGCAUUGAACCCCACUGGGAACACGAGCACUUCGAGUUCCCUCUCCGAGUGCCGGAGAUAGCGGUGCUUCGGCUGGAGUGCUGGGAGUGGGACAUGGGAAACCAUGACUUCGUCGGGCAGGCGUGCCUGCCCGUGAGGGAGCUGCGCUACGGCAUUCGCUCCGUGGCGUUACGCUCCAAGUCCGGCGCCUCCCGCUCCUCCAAGCUCCUCUGCCACUUCCAGUCCUUCGCCGUCUCCUCCCUCGCUCCCCCCUCGGAACUUCCUCACCCUCACCCUGGGCCUCCGUCUUCGCAACCUCCCCCUCCUCCUCCUUCUCUUGUCUUCGAAGAACUCCAGUCUCCUCCUCCUCUUUCUUUUCCUGCCCCUGAAGAACCUCAGUCUCCUCCUCCCCUUCCCCCUCCUGUUGCACCUGAAGAACCUCAGCCUCCUCCUCCUUCUCUUCCUCCUGCACCUGAAGAAUCUCAGUCCUCGUCUCCUCCUCCUCCUCGUCCUGCCCCUGAAGAACCUCAACCUAUGCCUCGCCCUUCACCUCUUGCAUAAUUCACACUCGCCUGCUUUUCCAUAGUUUUCUCAAUUAUUCUCUCACGUCUUGGUUCUCAUUCUUCGUGGUUUGUUCGACGAUUGUCAGGGUUGUGCAACUGGGGAACAUUCAAACCUGAGUCUCAGGAAUAUCUCUUUUCUCCGUGAUUCAGUUGUUUAAUUUUUUUCUUUCCUCUUCUCACUUGACUUGGUGAUAGUUUGUGCAAGUCAUCAUCAGCAGAUUGUUACUCUCAAGCAGCCAUAAUGUGUUCAUUCAGUAGUUGGAGCAGUAUAUCGAAAUCUUAUUGUCGUUGAUUUGGUUUGAGCAUUCAUUGUUGGUGGAGUUUGAACUUGUACUACCUUUUAAAGAACAGAAAAUAACAGCGUAAUCCUCUUUUCAAGAGAUUAGAACAAGCAGAGCCGAUUCAUAACUUUACAAAUCCAUACCUAUACAAUUGAUGUAAUGCUCCUAUCCAGACACGUAUUGUAAAAUGUAGUAGAGAAAGAAAGGAAGUAAACCGUCAUUGAAUAUGUGCAACACCUUUUUCACAUAGGUACCGCGGGACAAACACAGUCUACAGGGUAAACAGUUAGAGGUGUACGAAAUGUCGGUAUUCCUCCUGCAACUGGCUUAUAUCCAUCACAUUGAAAUCGGAAAGAGAUGUUAUCAAUUGUCAAUC